GAGUUGGUCUGCGUUCUCUCUUUAUUAACAGUACAUCUGUUUUCUUCUCCGUCAUCAGAUCCAGCUGACGUCUCUGAUCCAGGAUCAGUUUGUGUCUGAACGACUGACGGCUGAGAUGGAUGAGUUCAGAUGGUAACGGAAGCUGUGUUCUCAGUAAUGUGUCAUUACGUCCCACGUGAACCUGAGACUGAUCUGAGGUCAGUUACAGCAGCAGAGGAGACUCUCUUAAUGACACUGAGGCUGAAUAUAAACAGCUGCUGCUUCCUGAGGACCAACACACUGAGCUGAACUCAGCUGCUCCAGGACCAGCGGAAACAUGGGACCAGCACCUGAACCAGACCUGAAUGCCUCAGCUUGGCUCCGCCCCUGCGUUAAUGCCUCCUGUCGGCCUCCAAUCAGAGCGGCGUGUCCGUACAGCACCGCUCAGCUGAUCCUCAUCGUCAUGGUAACCACCUCCCUCAGCAUCAUCACCGUGCUAGGCAACACGCUGGUCCUCCUGUCCAUCAAGGUCAACCGCCACCUGCGGACCAUCAACAACUACUUCCUGUUGAGCCUGGCAGUGGCCGACCUGAUCAUUGGCCUGCUCUCCAUGAACCUGUACACGCUCUACCUGCUGCGGGGCCACUGGCCCCUGGGGGCUGCGCUCUGCGACAUGUGGCUCGUUGUGGACUACGUGGUGAGCAGUGCCUCCGUCAUGAACCUGCUGAUCAUCAGUCUGGAUCGGUACUUCUGCAUGACGCGGCCACUCAGCUACCCGGUACGGCGGACGGGCGCGAUAGCCGGUCUAAUGAUUGGCGCCGCCUGGCUGCUGUCCUUUGUCCUCUGGGCCCCCGCCAUCCUCUGCUGGCAGACCGCCGGGGGCCGACGAGUCGUCCCUGAUGGGAAGUGUUACACACAGCUGCUGGUCAGUCCCGCCGUCACUCUGGGGACAACGCUUCCUUCCUUCUACCUGCCGGCCUUCACCAUGAUCGUCCUGUACAGCCGCCUGUCCACCGCCAGCCGCAGCCGCCUGAGCAUGCUCCGGUCAGAGCGAGGCACACUCAGGACAUCCAGUCCGUCCGUUAAAGACUUCCUCCUGAAACGACGCAGCUGGGUGACUAGUGACCCUGGCUCAGACCUGUCUCAGAACCAGUCAGAGUCUAGCACUCCGAAGACAAGAAGGAACCACAGAGCGUCCAGAAGUCCCGGAGACACGUCAGAGCCAACGGACGUCUGUCUGACUCGGACCCGCCCCCGCCGAGACGAAGACUACAACAAGAUCGAGAACGACUCGUCAUCCAACGCCGACCUCCACAGGAAGGCGUCUGCAGUGUUCUCCACCAGUCCCAGCUUCAGGUCUCAGGAGAGGAGGAGGCGUCGAGUGAUGGCGAGGGAGAGGAGGGUGACCAAGACCAUCCUGGCCAUCCUGCUGGCCUUCAUCCUCACCUGGGCGCCGUACAACAUCAUGGCCGUCAUCGCCACCUUCUGUCACUUCUGUAUCCCCAACAGUCUGUGGACCACAGGAUACUGGCUGACCUACAUCAACAGCACCAUCAACCCCGGCUGCUACGCUCUGUGCAACGUCACCUUCAGGAAAACCUUCUGCAGCCUCCUGCGCUGCCGCAGCAGGAAGCUGCGAUGACCGUUAUGUCGUCAGGGGUCGGCCAACAAAAUGGCCACAAUGUCUUUAUUCAUAAAUCUGCAAUAAUACGACCCUGAAACACUAAACACAUCAGGAAUCAUCAGAUUCUUGACUCUCCAGCCCGUACUCAAGAUCAUUCGUGACUCACAGCCAGAAGCCGAUAGGCCAAAUAACAAGCAUGUCUGCUGGCUCGUCUGUCAACCGUUAUGUGUAACAAACCAAUGAGCAGUCUGGGAAUCGUGUUCUGGUGCGGCUCGUUCAUGAGUGCUGCAGACUUCAAGGAUGUAUAAUAGAACUUCAGCAGCGCUAGCCUUUAAAUCAAAGUACAAAUGACAACAGCAGCCAACAGUGAAGAUAAUGAUCCAUAAAGUCAGACAGUUCUUAACGCUGAGAUCGUUAAUACCGUGUUAAUUUGUGUUGAGCAUCAGUUUAUUUGUGAUGAAAUGUGGAAAAUGAGUCAUUCAAUUUGAAGCUUUAGACUAAAAUCACUUCAAACUGUUUUGGACACUUUUUAAAAGAGACAGUGAUCAUGUGUAACUAUGACUUGGCAGGUAAAGGUAUUACUGAGAUUUUACAAUUAAUUUCUUUACUUUUUAUAUUGACAGGCAUCUUCAUAUGUGCAGUGUUAUAGUUCUGCAUAAUUUCCUGUUAUUACUAACACUUCUGUUUGUUCACUGUUCUCCACAGCUGAAGGAUUAUUAAAUAUUAUUCAUCCAUGUAUUUAUUUAUUCUAAUUCUAAUUCUACACGAUUAAAUAGAAAAUUGUCUUUAAUAUUGUAAAAAUAAAAAUCAGUGCAUCAAAUCUGAAGGUGAACUCUUUUCUUUGUGACUCUGACAAACUGAACAUGUUCAUGUUGUGUUAUAUUGUGUCUUUAGCUGGCUGCUUUACACCUGGAUGUCAGCGUUAACAUCAGCCACACGUUUCAGUGAUGCCUUUGGGCUUUUCUGUUUGCAUGGGUUAAAGUGCGUUUGUGCUCUGAGUCCGUUCCUGAUAGCUGUCUAUUGACCCACAGUUGUGUGUAUAAACAUGAUACAGAAGUCAGAGAUGGUCACAGCUGCACAGCCUGGACUUAGAUAAGGUGUCACCACUUCGUCCACAACAUCGUCCAUGAUCGCAGAGACAUGGUCCAUGAUCGGAGAGACAUUGUUGAGGAUGAGGGAGACAUCGUCCUCGAUCAGAGACAUUGUCCAUGACUCGUGGUGACUCGGUCCCCGAUAAGUCGGCAUUGCCGGCGUUCAGAGAGACAUUGUCGAUGAUCGCAGAGACUUUGUCCAUAAUCUCAGAGACAUUGUCCGCGAUCGCAGAGACGUCAUCUAUGAUCGCAGGGACAUGGUCCAUGAUCGGAGAGACAUUGUUGAGGAUGAGGGAGACAUCGUCCACGAUCAGAGACAUGGUCCAUGAUCGGAGAGACAUUGUCCCAUGCUUCGCAGAGCUCUGCGCAAGAAUCAGCGGUGAUGGGAGUCACUGAUUUAACAGCAUGGAGACAUUGUCAGUGAUCUCAGAGACAUCGUCCACAAUCACAGAGUCCUCAUACAAUGAAGAAGUUCUGUGAGACCAGGACAGAGGCCUCCAGUUGAAUUCACAGAAACAACAGGAUCCACCAAAGGUGAAGGUAAGAAAAUGUUUCUUUAAAAAUGAGAUCAAUAAAAUAUUUCUUAAUUCUAAUCUGUAUUAAUAGAAGUAAUGUUAUUUAAAAGAAAUCACUAACUAUUAAUAUCAGAAGAAGGAUGUAAUAGUUAAAGUUAUCUGUAGUAUUAAAGUAUUCAAUGUAUUUAGCAUCAAAUAUGUAAUAUAAAAGUAACGUAAUGGAAAAAAGUAAUCUGUGAAGUUAUACUAAAAUUAAUCUGUAAUAUAAAGGCAAUGUAGAAGUAUUAGUUAUCCAAAAUGAAUGUAAACAUGUUACAGUAUAGUAAGGCAUCAAAAAUGUUUAGUAAGGCAUCAAAAACGGCCAAAAAAAUGUCAUAGUAUACUAUGGUGUUAAAGAUGGUCAAAAAUGUCAGAGUAUGGCGUCCAAAAAAGUCAAAAAAUGUUAUAGUACAGUACGGUGUAAAAAAUGUCCAAAAAAUGUCAUAGUAUAGUAAGGUGUCAAAAAUGGUCAAAAGAUAUCGUAUAGCAUGGCGUCCAAAAUUGUCUACUUUGUGGUCAGUGUCAGAAAAUGUCAUACUGUCUGUCAAAUGUAAGAAAUAAUUUGGAAUAUUAUUUGUAAUAAGAUUAGG